AUGGCGGCGGCGAACCCCCCGGUGCGCUUCAAAACCAACUAUGCUGUUUCCAGGAAAAUCGAGCCUUUCUACAAAGGAGGGCGAGUUCAGAUAAGCCAAGAUGGAGAAUAUAUGUUUUGUUCUUGUGGGACCAAAGUCCACGUACUUUGCUUAGCAACAGGCACUCUUGUUCACAGCAUUGAACAGGAUGAUCAAGAGGAUAUAACAACCUUUGUUCUCAGCGAUGACGAUGAGAUCCUCGUGACAGCGAGCCGGGCACUGCUGCUGAAGCAGUGGGAGUGGCGGGAGAACAAGUGUGCCCGCACAUGGAAGGCGGUCCAUGUGGCUCCCGUGGCCAGCAUGGCAUUCGACCCGACAUCCACUUUGUUAGCCACAGGUGGUUGUGAUAGCACUAUCAAGGUCUGGGAUGUUAUCAAGCAGUACUGCACCCACAACCUGAAAGGCUCAUCGGGAGUUGUCCACCUCGUCAAGUUCCAUCCUGAUGUCUCUCGGCUGCAGCUCUUCUCCUCCUCCAUGGACUACAAAAUCCGCGUUUGGGACCUGCAGACCAGCAAAUGCGUCGCCCUGCUUGAGAGCCACUACAGCGCGGUCACCUGCCUGGCUUUUUCCGCAGACAGAGAGACACUCGUCAGCUCUGGCCGUGAUAAAAUCUGCACCGUGUGGGAUCUGAAUACAAGAGCAGCCGAGAGAACCAUCCCGGUCUAUGAGAGUGUCGAAUCUGUUGUCCUGUUACCAGAAGGAGUAGAUUUCUCACCCCUGGGUGUGAAGAAACCGGGCCUUCACUUCCUCACCGCAGGAAGCAAAGGAAUCCUCCAGGUCUGGGACGCAUCAGCAGCCACCUGUGUGUACAGCCAGCCGCUUCCCCGCCAUCGAGCCGCUUCCGAGGAAGAGACCGGCGAGCACAGCUUGGUGCAUUGUGCACUGGUGCCGGUGAAAGACAAGGUUGUCACUGUCAGUGCGGAGCACAACAUCGUCUUCUACGAUGCGCGGACGCUUCAGCUCAGGAAGCAGUUUGCAGGUUACAACGGAGAAGUGUUGGACGUCAGAUUCCUGGGGCCAGGGGACUCCCACAUUGUUGUGGCCACCAACAGCCCCCAGCUCAAAGUCUUCGAGCUGGCGACGUCUGACUGUCAGAUCCUGUACGGGCACACAGAUACUGUUCUUGCCCUGGACGUCUUCCGGAAGGGGAUGUUGUUUGUCAGCUGUUCUAAGGACAAAAGCUUCCGAGUUUGGCGGAUGAAAAAAACUGGCCAGGUUGUCUGCGUGGCCCAAGGAGCGGGACACGCGAACGGAGUGGGGGCGAUCUCUUGCUCCAGAAUGAAAGAGAGCUUUGUGGUGACGGCCAGCCAGGACUGCACGAUCAAAGUGUGGAAUCUCCCUGAGUCCCUCUCUGCCAAGGCAAAAGCAGCUGGCCCCGAAGGCCUUCAUGCCCACCUGACAGAGAAGGCGCAUGACAAGGACGUCAACAGUGUGGCUGUUUCCCCCAAUGACAAGCUGAUAGCCACAGGGUCCCAAGACAAAACGGCCAAGCUGUGGGCCUCGCACGACUGCUCACUCAUGGGGGUCUUCUCCGGUCACAAACGGGGGAUCUGGUGUGUGCAGUUCUCGCCGGUGGACCAGGUCUUGGCUACCUCAUCGGCAGAUGGCUCUGUGAAAAUCUGGGGACUCCAGGACUUCAGCUGUUUGAAGACUUUUGAAGGUCACGACGCCUCCGUCCUGAAGAUCAUCUUUGUGAGCCGAGGAACACAGGUGCUUAGCAGUGGCUCUGACGGCCUCCUGAAACUCUGGACGAUAAAAACCAACGAGUGUGUGAAGACUUUAGAUAGCCACGAGGACAAAGUGUGGGGUCUGCACGCCAACAAGCUGGACAACUCGUUGGUGACGGGUUCCAGCGAUUCUUGCAUCGUGCUGUGGAAGGAUGUCACUGAAAUUGAACUCGAAGAGGAGCAGGCAAAGCAGGAGGAGCAGAUCCUGAAAGAGCAGGAGCUGUCGAACUUGCUGUACGAGAAGCGGUUCCUCAAAGCGCUGGGCUUGGCGAUCUCCUUGGACCGGCCUCACACCGUGCUGACGGUGGUGAAGGCUAUUCUCAAGGAAUAUGGUGGGAAGGAGGACUUGGAAAGGAAUCUUCUGAAGCUGCGGAAAGACCAGAAAGAGGCGGUGCUGAGAUAUGCCAUCAGCUGGAACACGAAUUCACGGAACUGCCAUGAGGCUCAGGCGGUCGUCCAAACUCUCCUUCAGCACGAAGCGCCGGAGUCCCUCUUGCAGUUUGAAGGGAUCGCGACAGCCGUGGAGUCUCUUCUGCCGUACACAGAGCGCCAUUUCCAGAGGCUGGGCCGUCUGCUGCAGGCCGCCACCUUCCUUGACUUCAUGUGGCAGAACAUGAGGCUAGCCGAGGCCUCCCAGUGGGACGAGGACAUGAGCACGUGA